AAGCACUGACGUAAUUGAUACAGCGACCGCGGCUUCCUGGAGCUCUCCCUGUCGCACUGCAGCUUCCCCGCACCCGAAUCAUGGCAACUGAACCCUUGACAGGGCCCAGCCAGACCGAAUGCACGCAGUGGGACUGGAUGAAUAUAAGCCGGCGAUAUCCAUCAGGGUCCUCCGUUGAUUGGGGUUUCCUCCAUGCCGUGGCUUCUGCAGUCCCCCGAGCACCUCGAAAUAAAAGAAGGUCAACAUCCCGCGAGUGCAUCUCGAUCGAUUGGCUCAUCCGAGUACACGUUGUUCCCCUCAAUUGAGUUACAAUCGAGCAUCUGCGUGUGUGGGACAAACAGCAAAGACCUAUCAGGGCCAGCACACGUAUAGUACCUCCUCUGGUGCUCUAUAAAGUAUAAAGGGCGCCAACCAUGUCGGCGUGCAGAGCGCUCCGGGGCAGCAACGGUCUCCUGCGCGCCGUAUCCUCCCCCCGAGUUGCCAGGCCCGUUGUUGGGUCUCUCGAAUCCCGUCGCCGGUUCACUGCCUCGACCCGCACCAUGUCGUCCUUCUACCCCUCCUGGGAGCCUGAGGGCCCUUCGGUCAAGACCGAGAUUCCCGGCCCCAAGUCCAAGGCUGCCAUCGCCGAGCUCGACGAGGUCUUCGAUACGCGCAGCCUAAACAUGCUCACCGACUACACGAAGAGCGUGGGCAACUACAUUGCUGACCCGGACGGCAAUGUGUUGUUGGAUGUGUACGCCCAGAUCGCCUCCAUCCCGCUAGGGUACAAUAACCCGGCUCUACGCAAGGCCGCCCAGAGCGAUGACAUGAUCAACGGCAUCAUCAACCGACCCGCCCUGGGCAACUUCCCCCCCACCGAGUGGGCCGACAUCCUCAAGUCCGGCAUCCUCAAGGUCGCCCCAAGGGGUCUCAACCAGGUAUUCACCGCCAUGGCCGGGUCCGACGCCAACGAGACCGCCUACAAAGCCGCCUUCAUGUGGCGCCGCCAGCGCGAGAGGGGAGGGCCCAACGUCGAGUUCACCGAAGAAGAGAUGAACUCGGCCAUGAACAACCAAUCUCCGGGCGCCUCCCAGCUCUCCAUCCUCUCCUUCAAGACGGGCUUCCACGGCCGCCUCUUCGGCUCCCUCUCCACCACCCGCUCCAAACCCAUCCACAAGCUCGACAUCCCCGCCUUCGACUGGCCGCAGGCCACCUUCCCGCAGCUCAAAUACCCGCUCGACCAACACGCGGCCGAGAACGCCGCCGCGGAGCGCGCUGCCCUCGACGAGGUCGAGCGGCUGCUGACAACCUACCACGUGCCGCCGUGCGCGGUGGUAGUCGAGCCGAUCCAGUCGGAGGGGGGCGACAACCACGCGACGGCGAGCUUCUUCCGCGGGCUGCGCGAGGUGACGCGGCGGCACGGGGUGCUGCUGAUCGUGGACGAGGUGCAGACGGGGGUGGGCGCCACGGGCCGCUUCUGGGCCCACGAGCACUGGGACCUCCCCCACCCGCCCGACAUGGUCACCUUCAGCAAGAAGGCCCAGACCGCGGGGUACUACUUCGGCGACCCGGCCCUGCGCCCCAACAAGCCCUACCGCCAGUUCAACACCUGGAUGGGCGACCCCGCCCGCGCCCUGCUGUUCAGGGCCAUCAUCGACGAGGUCGAGAAGCAUGACCUGGUGAGGCAUACCGAGAAGGUGGGGAACUACCUGUUUGGCAAGCUGGAGGGGCUGGCGGCGAAAUACCCGGGCGAGUUUGAGAACCUGAGGGGGAAGGGCAUGGGGACCUUCAUUGCGUUUGAUAACCCGCGGCGGGACCAGUUCUUGGCCGCGGCCAAGAAGUUGGGGGUGAAUAUUGGUGGGAGUGGGCAGAGCGCGGUCAGGUUGAGGCCGAUGCUGAUUUUCGAGGAGAAGCAUGCGGAUAUCUUGGUGGAGGUGCUGGAGAAGAUUGUCAAGUCGUGGUAGGUGGUAGGUGGUGUGUAGAUUUAUGCUCGGGUAGUGGCCUGAAACUGCAUUGAACUGGGGGCCACCAGACUGGUGCAUCGAACUGGAAUUAAACGGGGUGACGGGGAUUA